AUGGCGAGCGAGAAGUCGGCGGCGGGGCCGGAGCCGCAGCCCGCGGGACUCAUCUCCGUCGGGGCCGGCGGCGGAGGCGGCGGCGGAGGCGGCGUCGUGGCGAUGGGGGAGCCGAGGGCGUCGGGCGCUGGCUCCGUGGUGCUCCCCGCGGGGAUGAUUAACCCGUCGGUGCCGAUCCGCAACAUCCGGAUGAAAUUCGCCGUCCUCAUCGGACUCAUCCAGGUCGGCGAGGUCAGCAACCGGGACAUCGUGGAGACGGUGCUGAACCUGCUGGUUGGUGGUGAAUUUGAUCUGGAGAUGAACUUUAUAAUCCAGGAUGCAGAGAGCAUUACGUGCAUGUCAGAGCUUUUGGAGCACUGUGAUGUAACGUGCCAAGCUGAAAUUUGGAGUAUGUUCACAGCAAUUCUACGUAAAAGUGUCCGUAAUUUACAGACUAGCACAGAAGUUGGCUUAAUUGAACAGGUACUGCUGAAGAUGAGUACUGUGGACGACAUGAUAGCAGAUCUUCUAGUUGAUAUGUUGGGGGUUCUUGCCAGCUACAGCAUCACUGUCAAAGAGUUGAAGCUUUUGUUCAGCAUGCUUCGAGGCGAAAAUGGAAUCUGGCCAAGACACGCAGUUAAAUUGUUAUCAGUCCUUAAUCAGAUGCCACAGAGACAUGGGCCUGAUACCUUUUUCAACUUCCCUGGCUGUAGUGCUGCAGCAAUUGCAUUGCCUCCUAUUGCUAAGUGGCCUUAUCAAAAUGGGUUUACCCUUAACACUUGGUUUCGUAUGGACCCACUAAACAAUAUCAAUGUGGAUAAGGAUAAACCCUAUCUCUACUGUUUCCGCACUAGCAAAGGUGUUGGGUAUUCUGCUCAUUUUGUUGGCAAUUGCUUAAUAGUUACAUCACUGAAGUCAAAAGGCAAAGGUUUCCAGCACUGUGUGAAGUAUGACUUUCAACCACGCAAGUGGUAUAUGAUAAGCAUCGUGCACAUCUAUAAUCGCUGGAGAAACAGUGAAAUAAGGUGUUAUGUGAAUGGUCAGCUGGUAUCCUAUGGUGACAUGGCGUGGCACGUUAAUACGAAUGAUAGUUAUGACAAAUGUUUUCUUGGCUCUUCGGAGACUGCUGAUGCUAACAGAGUGUUCUGUGGCCAACUUGGAGCUGUAUAUGUAUUCACAGAAGCCCUCAACCCAGCACAGAUUUUUGCAAUACAUCAGUUAGGACCUGGUUACAAGAGCACAUUCAAAUUUAAAUCUGAGAGCGACAUUCAUCUGGCUGAGCACCAUAAACAAGUGCUAUAUGAUGGGAAACUUGCAAGUAGCAUUGCUUUUACUUAUAAUGCCAAGGCUACUGAUGCUCAGCUAUGCCUUGAAUCCUCACCGAAAGAAAAUCCUUCGAUUUUUGUACACUCCCCACAUGCUCUUAUGCUUCAGGAUGUGAAAGCUAUCGUAACCCACUCCAUUCACAGCGCAAUUCAUUCCAUUGGAGGGAUUCAAGUUCUCUUUCCUCUCUUUGCCCAACUAGACAAUCGACAGCUGCAUGACAGUCAGGUGGAAACAACAGUUUGUGCUACCCUAUUGGCUUUCUUGGUUGAGCUUCUUAAGAGUUCAGUAGCAAUGCAAGAACAGAUGCUCGGUGGAAAAGGCUUUCUAGUCAUUGGCUACCUCCUUGAAAAGUCAUCUAGAGUUCAUAUAACAAGAGCAGUUCUGGAACAAUUUUUAUCAUUUGCAAAAUAUUUGGAUGGAUUAUCUCAUGGAGCACCUCUGCUGAAGCAAUUAUGUGAUCACAUCCUUUUUAAUCCCGCUAUCUGGAUACAUACCCCUGCAAAGGUGCAAUUGUCCUUGUAUACCUACUUGUCAGCUGAAUUCAUUGGAACUGCUACAAUCUAUAACACUAUACGCAGAGUAGGAACUGUACUGCAGUUAAUGCACACACUGAAAUACUACUACUGGGUGGUUAAUCCUGCUGAUAGCAGUGGCAUUACUCCUAAAGGGUUAGAUGGUCCUCGACCCUCACAGAAAGAAAUCAUAUCACUAAGAGCAUUCAUGCUUCUGUUUCUGAAACAACUUAUAUUGAAGGAUCGAGGUGUGAAAGAAGAUGAACUGCAGAGCAUAUUAAAUUACUUGCUAACAAUGCACGAGGAUGAAAAUAUUCAUGAUGUGCUGCAGCUGCUGGUGGCAUUGAUGUCUGAACAUCCAGCAUCCAUGAUACCUGCCUUUGAUCAGAGAAAUGGGAUACGAGUAAUUUAUAAACUUUUGGCUUCCAAAAGUGAGAGUAUAUGGGUGCAAGCUUUGAAAGUCCUUGGAUAUUUUCUCAAACACUUGGGUCAUAAACGAAAGGUUGAAAUCAUGCAUACUCACAGUCUUUUCACUCUUCUUGGAGAAAGGUUGAUGCUGCAUACAAAUACAGUGACCGUUACAACAUAUAAUACGCUUUAUGAGAUUUUGACGGAACAAGUAUGCACUCAAGUUGUUCAUAAACCCCAUCCAGAACCAGAUUCUACAGUGAAAAUACAGAAUCCAAUGAUUCUUAAGGUGGUGGCAACACUGUUAAAAAACUCCACACCAAGUGCAGAGCUGAUGGAAGUUCGACGUUUAUUCUUGUCUGAUAUGAUAAAACUCUUUAGUAAUAGCCGUGAAAACAGAAGAUGUUUACUUCAGUGUUCAGUGUGGCAGGACUGGAUGUUUUCUCUGGGAUACAUUAACCCUAAGAAUUCUGAAGAGCAGAAGAUCACUGAGAUGGUUUACAACAUAUUCCGUAUUCUCUUGUAUCAUGCAAUAAAAUAUGAAUGGGGAGGCUGGAGAGUGUGGGUGGAUACUCUUUCUAUAGCUCAUUCCAAGGUCACAUAUGAGGCUCACAAGGAGUACCUCGCAAAAAUGUAUGAAGAGUAUCAAAGGCAAGAGGAAGAAAACAUAAAAAAGGGGAAGAAGGGUAAUGUAAGCACUAUCUCAGGUCUUUCAUCUCAGACAACAGGAGCAAAAGGUGGAAUGGAAAUCCGAGAGAUAGAAGACCUUUCACAAAGCCAAAGUCCAGAAAGUGAAACAGAUUACCCUGUCAGUACUGAUACGAGGGACUUGCUCAUGGCUACAAAGGUGUCUGAUGAUGUACUUGGAAGUACUGAGAGACCAGGAGGAGGAGUGCAUGUAGAAGUUCAUGACCUUUUAGUUGAUAUAAAAGCUGAAAAGGUAGAAGCUACUGAAGUAAAACUUGAUGAUAUGGAUUUAUCACCAGAGACACUAGUAACUGGAGAAAAUGGUGCGCUUGUAGAAGUUGAAUCACUUCUAGAUAAUGUAUAUAGUGCUGCUGUUGAGAAGCUCCAAAACAAUGUUCAUGGAAGUGUAGGUAUUAUUAAGAAGAAUGAGGAAAAAGAUAAUGGUCCAUUAAUAACUCUGGCUGAUGAGAAAGAUGAACCUUCUACUAACAGUACCUCGUUUCUCUUUGACAAAAUACCUAGUCAGGAGGAGAAACUUCUACCUGAACUUUCAAGUAAUCAUAUUUCCAUUCCUAAUGUGCAAGACACACAGAUGCAUCUUGGUGUAAAUGAUGAUUUGGGAUUACUUGCACAUAUGACGGGUAGUGUAGAUAUAACAUGUACUUCAAGUAUAAUAGAGGACAAGGAGUUCAAGAUUCACACAACUUCAGAUGGAAUGAGUAGUAUUUCUGAGAGGGAGUUGGCUUCAUCAUCUAAAGGAUUAGAAUAUGCUGAAAUGACUGCCACAACUCUUGAGACAGAAUCUUCUGGUAGCAAAACUGUACCUAAUGUUGAUGCAGGAAGUAUAAUAUCAGACACAGAAAGAUCUGAUGAUGGUAAAGAAGCAGGAAAGGAGAUACGGAAGAUCCAGACCACUACCACAACCCAGGCGGUACAAGGUCGAUCCGUCACCCAGCAAGACCGAGAUUUACGUGUUGACUUGGGAUUUCGAGGGAUGCCAAUGACAGAAGAGCAGCGGCGACAGUUUAGUCCAGGUCCACGCACAACUAUGUUUCGUAUUCCAGAGUUUAAAUGGUCUCCCAUGCACCAGCGUCUCCUGACAGACUUGCUUUUUGCACUAGAAACAGAUGUACAUGUUUGGAGAAGUCACUCCACAAAGUCAGUGAUGGACUUUGUCAAUAGCAAUGAAAAUAUUAUUUUUGUACACAACACAAUACACCUCAUUUCCCAGAUGGUUGACAAUAUUAUUAUUGCUUGUGGAGGAAUUUUACCAUUACUAUCAGCAGCCACUUCCCCAACUGGUUCUAAGACUGAACUGGAAAAUAUUGAAGUGACACAAGGAAUGUCAGCAGAGACAGCAGUAACGUUUCUCAGCCGUCUGAUGGCAAUGGUUGACGUUCUAGUAUUUGCCAGUUCUCUAAAUUUUAGUGAGAUUGAAGCUGAAAAAAACAUGUCUUCUGGAGGUCUAAUGCGACAGUGCCUGAGGCUGGUUUGUUGCGUGGCUGUGAGAAACUGUUUAGAAUGUCGGCAAAGACAGAGAGAGAGAGUGAACAAGACUUCACUAAUCAGCAGUAAAGCUCAGGAUGCUCUUCAGAGUGUAACUGCUUCAGCAGCAACCAAGACUCCCCUUGAAAACGUCCCUGGCAAUCUUUCUCCCAUAAAAGACCCUGAUCGGCUUCUUCAGGAUGUUGAUAUCAAUCGUCUACGAGCAGUUGUUUUUCGUGAUGUGGACGACAGCAAACAGGCUCAGUUCUUAGCUUUGGCAGUAGUCUACUUUAUUUCAGUUCUGAUGGUCUCCAAAUACCGUGAUAUACUAGAACCACAACGAGAAACAGCAAGAUCUGGGAGCCAGGCAGGUAGAAAUAUCAGACAAGAAAUAAAUUCACCAACAAGUACAGUUGUGGUCAUACCAUCUAUCCCUCACCCAAGUUUGAACCAUGGAUUCCUUGCCAAGUUAAUUCCUGAGCAGAGCUUUGCCCACUCAUUUUACAAAGAGACACCAACUGCGUUUCCAGAAAACAUCAAAGAUAAAGAAACACCAACACCAGUUGAAGAUAUUCAGCUGGAAAGCUCUAUUCCUCAUACAGAUUCAGGAAUUGGUGAAGAACAGAUGCCUAAUAUUUUGAAUGGAACAGACUUGGAGACCAGCACAGGCCCUGAUGCUAUGAGUGAACUGUUGUCUACUCUGUCUUCAGAAGUGAAGAAAUCUCAGGAGAGCUUAACUGAAAGCCCCAGUGAAAUCUUGAAAACCUCAUCAUCGAUAUCCAGUAUCAGCCAAAGCAAAGGCAUCAAUGUCAAGGAAAUACUGAAAAGUCUCGUGGCAGCCCCAGUUGAAAUUGCAGAAUGUGGUCCGGAUCCAAUCCCUUACCCUGAUCCUGCUCUGAAGAGAGAAGCUCAGGCUAUUCUUCCCAUGCAGUUUCAUUCAUUUGACAGGAGUGUGGUCGUGCCAGUGAAGAAGCCUCCACCAGGUAGCCUGGCUGUGACCACAGUUGGAGCUGCCACAGCGGGGAGCGGGCUGCCACCGGGUAGUACACCUAAUAUCUUUGCUGCAACAGGAGCUACACCAAAAAGUAUGAUUAAUACAACAGGUGCAGUAGACUCAGGAUCUUCUUCUUCCUCUUCGUCAUCCAGCUUUGUGAAUGGUGCUACCAGCAAAAAUCUCCCUGCUGUCCAAACUGUUGCUCCAAUGCCAGAGGAUUCAGCUGAAAACAUGAGUAUCACGGCAAAGCUUGAGAGAGCCUUAGAAAAGGUGGCCCCUCUCCUGCGAGAAAUUUUUGUUGAUUUUGCCCCUUUUCUAUCCCGAACAUUAUUGGGCAGUCAUGGACAAGAGCUGUUGAUUGAAGGUCUGGUUUGCAUGAAGUCUAGUACUUCCGUGGUUGAACUUGUUAUGUUGCUUUGUUCACAGGAAUGGCAAAAUUCUAUUCAGAAGAAUGCAGGACUUGCAUUUAUUGAACUCAUCAAUGAAGGAAGAUUAUUAUGUCAUGCAAUGAAAGACCAUAUAGUGCGUGUUGCAAAUGAAGCAGAAUUUAUUUUGAACCGACAAAGAGCUGAAGAUGUCCACAAGCAUGCUGAGUUUGAGUCCCAGUGUGCUCAGUAUGCCGCUGACAGAAGAGAGGAGGAGAAGAUGUGUGAUCAUCUUAUCAGCGCUGCAAAGCAUCGGGAUCACGUUACAGCCAAUCAGCUGAAACAGAAGAUACUCAACAUCCUAACAAAUAAGCAUGGUGCCUGGGGAGCUGUUUCUUAUAGCCAACUGCACGACUUCUGGCGCUUGGAUUACUGGGAAGACGAUCUGCGCCGGCGGAGGCGAUUUGUUCGCAAUGCUUUUGGAUCUACUCAUUCUGAUGCUCUUCUGAAAGCUGCUGUGGAAUAUGGCACUGAAGAAGAUGUAGUAAAAUCCAAGAAAACUUUCCGAAGUCAAGCUGUGGUAAAUCAGAAUGCAGAAACAGAGCUUAUGCUGGAAGGAGAUGAUGAUGCUGUUAGUCUACUCCAAGAGAAGGAAAUUGACAACCUUGCAGGCCCCGUGGUGCUGAGCACGCCGGCCCAGCUCGUCGCCCCCGUGGUGGUGGCUAAAGGGACGCUCUCCAUCACCACCACCGAGAUCUACUUCGAGGUGGACGAGGACGACCCGGCCUUCAAGAAGAUCGACCCCAAGGUCCUUGCCUAUACAGAAGGUCUUCAUGGAAAAUGGAUGUUCAGCGAGAUUCGGGCUGUUUUUUCAAGACGUUAUCUUCUUCAGAACACAGCUUUGGAAGUGUUUAUGGCAAACAGAACUUCUGUUAUGUUUAAUUUUCCUGACCAAGCAACAGUGAAAAAAGUUGUAUACAGCUUGCCACGUGUUGGAGUAGGAACCAGCUAUGGAUUGCCACAAGCCAGGAGAAUCUCUCUGGCCACUCCCCGACAGCUUUAUAAAUCCUCCAACAUGACUCAGCGCUGGCAAAGACGAGAGAUAUCUAAUUUUGAAUACCUGAUGUUCCUCAACACUAUAGCAGGACGAACGUACAAUGAUCUGAACCAAUACCCCGUAUUUCCGUGGGUCUUAACAAACUAUGAAUCUGAAGAGUUAGACCUGACCCUUCCAGGCAACUUCAGGGAUCUUUCAAAGAUUCCAGAGGCUUAUUUUAUUAGAGAUCCUCAUACUUUCCUCCUUACAAAGGAAUUUAUUAAGGCCAUGGAGGCGCAGAUCCAGAACUUCGGGCAGACGCCAUCGCAGUUGCUCAUUGAGCCCCAUCCGCCGCGGAGCUCUGCCAUGCACCUGUGUUUCCUUCCACAGAGCCCCCUCAUGUUUAAAGAUCAGAUGCAGCAGGAUGUCAUAAUGGUGCUGAAGUUCCCAUCAAACUCUCCGGUCACACACGUGGCAGCCAACACGCUGCCCCACCUGACAAUUCCUGCCGUGGUGACCGUCACCUGCAGCAGGCUCUUUGCUGUCAAUCGGUGGCACAACACAGUAGGCCUUCGAGGAGCCCCAGGAUAUUCUUUGGAUCAAGCCCAUCAUCUUCCAAUUGAAAUGGAUCCAUUGAUCGCCAAUAACUCCGGUGUGAACAAGCGGCAGAUCACAGACCUGGUGGAUCAGAGCAUUCAGAUCAAUGCACAUUGUUUUGUGGUCACAGCAGAUAAUCGCUACAUUCUUAUCUGUGGUUUCUGGGACAAGAGUUUUCGAGUUUAUUCUACAGAAACAGGAAAACUAACUCAGAUUGUGUUCGGCCACUGGGAUGUUGUCACUUGCCUUGCCAGAUCAGAGUCCUAUAUUGGUGGUGAUUGCUACAUCGUGUCUGGGUCUCGUGAUGCUACAUUGCUGCUUUGGUACUGGAGUGGCCGACAUCACAUUAUAGGUGACAAUCCAAACAGCAGUGAUUAUCCUGCUCCUCGGGCUGUUCUGACUGGUCACGACCAUGAAGUUGUCUGUGUGUCAGUCUGUGCAGAGCUGGGACUUGUCAUCAGUGGUGCUAAAGAAGGUCCUUGUCUGGUGCACACAAUUACUGGAGAUUUGCUGAGAGCCCUGGAAGGAACAGAAAACUGUUUGUAUCCUCGCUUAAUUUCAGUUUCUAGUGAAGGUCACUGCAUCAUCUACUAUGAACGAGGACGGUUCAGCAAUUUCAGCAUUAAUGGAAAACUCUUAGCUCAGAUGGAGAUCAAUGAUUCAACCAGGGCCAUUCUCCUGAGCAGUGAUGGGCAGAACUUGGUAACAGGGGGAGACAACGGUGUGGUGGAGGUAUGGCAGGCCUGUGACUUCAAGCAGCUCUAUAUCUACCCUGGCUGUGAUGCUGGCAUUAGAGCUAUGGAUCUGUCUCAUGAUCAGAGAACUCUAAUUACUGGCAUGGCUUCUGGCAGCAUCGUAGCUUUCAAUAUAGAUUUUAACCGGUGGCAUUAUGAGCAUCAGAACAGAUACUGAAGCGGAAUGAAGAACUGAAAGCCCAGGUAAAGCUGAGAGCACAAGUGCUGCAAAGAAAAGUGUAGUCUCUGGUGGAAAACCACGUCUGCAUUGACCUCCGUUGUACAUUCCAUUACACCCAGCAAUAGCUGUACAUUGUAGUCAGCAACCAUUUUACUUUGUGUGUUUUUUCACAACUGAACACCAGCUGCUGAAAAGCAAGCUUGUAUCAUGUAAAUUAUAUGAAUUAGGAGAUGUUUUGGUAAUUAUUUCAUAUAUCUUUGUUUAUUGAGAAAAGGUAGUAGGAUGCGCCACAAGAGACUUUUGCAAAUUCUGAGGAACCUCGUGUCCAGUUGUUUCAAUGUUUAGGCUAUGAACCUAACAUGCAUCCCAUCUCCAGCCUCUUUUCAAGCUGAGAUUAAAAAAAAAAAAAAAAUACGUUUGAUACUUUGUACAUCAGAUGCACAUCUUAACUUUAAAGGGAUACUUUUGUAAAAGUAAAACCUUGUAUAAAGAACAAAACCGUUUCUUAAUUUUAUUGUGGAGUUACAACUUGCAUGUACUUUAAACCUGAUGUCUUGAAGGAGCAGGUGCAUUCUCACAAAUCAAACUGGAGAUCUGCCUGAGGGUAUGGCUUGUGUUAAAGGGUUGAAUUUGGGCGCAAACAGUAAUUUCAACAUUUUCACCAACACAUUGUUUUUCACUUUUUGAAUCUAAACUUUACCCCUUUUAAGUGGAGUUCUGCUCAUGAAGCAUUCGGAUAAAAAGCCAUCAUUUGCCAUAUUUAUACUUUAGUAGAAAUUAAAUUCCUCCUUUUGAAAUUAAAGACUAGAUAGAAGGAGAGCAAAGAGGGGAAGUUCAGUUUCAUCAUUUGCAAUGCUUAAUGAUUCCCAGUACAAAGUGCUAUACUUCUGGAUUGCUAGCAUUUGGCAAGGAAACCAUUGGGCGAGAGAGCCUCAAAUGAUGUUUUUCCCUUAUUUUCCUCUGAGCAGCUUGGUUUCUUCAACAGCCUUAGCUUCAUUGUGGAGGUGACUGAGGUUAUUCUUUUUGGUUCUUCUAAAAAUCUCACCUGAAGCCACUCAGACUAAGGCACUUCAUGUUUUACAAUACUGUAAUGAUAACUAUCAGAAUAAUUUUCUGCACAUUGUACUGAUCAAAUUACACACCCAGGGGUAUAUACACUUUAAUUCAUGUUUCUUCUUUGUAUAUUUGGUGACUGUAUUGUCAUAGAUGUACAUAUUGUGUCGGUAGGGCUAUGAGGCAUGUAACAGGAAUGUAAUUUUCUCAGAAUUUACACUCAUUUGCAGUCAUUUAUUUAAAAAGAUAAUGGAUUCUUUGUAUUGGCACUUUGCACCAGAAACAUAUCAUUAUUUAUUGAUGUGAUUACUUAUUUGUUCUCCACCUUGUAUUAGUAAGUUUAGCACUGAAUUUCCUUCUUCAUUGUUGUUUGUAUUUAUAAGGUUCGGCAAUCAUGGGGAUCAUCCUAAUGAUUAAGUUAUUCAUCACCAGUCUGUAAGCAAUAUCUUGAGUUUGUAGCUUAGAAUUGGGAGAAUAUUGAACAUCUGGAAGACAAGUUCAUUUCAUCUUGAGAUCAUGGUGAAAUAUUUUGGAUAUAUAAAUUCCUUAAGCUAUUGUAACCAUGUUUUAUUGCAAAGAUGUAAAAUAUGCCAGAUGUGUGUGAGUUGGAAAUCAAAAAGAAAAAUAAAAUAUGCAAAGAAUUCAGUGAUAGCUUUUCAUUUCAAUGAAGUUUCGCAUUAUCAUUAGGAACAAUUAUUUUAAGAAAUCAUUCCUUACAUAC